UGGUAUGGUUGCCUCCGGCUGACGUCAUCCAGGGCGACGGAUGCUGAAGCGGAGCUUCGCUGCUAGACUCUCUUGUCUGCCUCGUAUUAAGAAGUGUUACACAGAAGAAAUACUGUUGUUGAGUGAGAGAGAUUGAAGAAUCUGCCAUUUACUGUAACAUUUCCAUGGAUGUGAAAGAGGAGAUGUGUGAGGCUGACAUGAAUUUAAUGGAGGAAAGGACCACAAAUGUUAAGGAGGAGGACUGCGAAUGGGAGAGUGUCCACUCUAAACAGGAGAGUCUGGGCAUUAAGGAAGAGGAAUGUGAACUGGGGUCAGUGACUAUUAAAGAAGAGGCUGAAGAGAAGUCUGUCAGCACUGAGAUACACAACUACAAAAGUAUGGAGAGUGUCAAGGAAGGUGACCUUUAUUAUGGACAUCAAGAUGAAGCAGGGACCGGGUUAGUCUCUGCACAUAGCAGACACUCUUUCUCUGCGAAAUCUUCUAACAAUGUAAAAUAUGAAUCGUUACAAUCUGACACAAAGCGGACCGAAGAAAUGUCAUCUCCUAGAACUCAGGAACAUCAGCCACCACCUGAAAAGUCAUCUAGAUCCAAAACAAGAAUCGAACGUCAAAGCUGUUCUGAAUGUGGGAAACAAUUUUCUGGCAUAAGUAAUCUUCAGAGCCACCAAAGAAUUCACACUGGGGAGAGCCCACACAGUAAUUCUCUUCUGACUCACAUUACAACUAACUCGGGAGUGAAGCCAUAUUGCUGUUCUGAAUGUGGCAAACAAUUUUCACGAAGAAACAACCUUUUUGAUCAUAAAAGAAUUCACACAGGGGAGAAGCCGUAUUGCUGCCCUGAAUGUGGAAAACGAUUCUCUCACUGUAGUUCUCUUCAGAAACACAUUAAAUCUCACAAAGAAGUGAAGCUGUAUUCCUGUUCUGAAUGUGGCAAAAAGUUUUCACAAAGAUGCCAUCUUCAGAGUCACCAAAGAAUUCACACAGGGGAGAAACCAUAUUGCUGCCCUGAAUGUGGGAAACGAUUCUCUCACUGUAGUAAUCUUCAGAAGCACAUUAAAACUCACACAGGGGAGAAGCCAUAUUGUUGUUCUGAUUGUGGCAAAAGGUUUUCACAAAGAUGCCACCUUCACAGCCACCAAAGAACUCACACAGGGGAGAAGCCAUAUUACUGUUCUGAAUGUGGUAAACAAUUCUCGCACAGUAGUACCCUUCUGAUACACAUUAAAGCUCACUCAGGAGAGAAGCCAUAUGGCUGUUCUGAAUGUGGCAAACAGUUUUCACGAAGAAACAACCUUUUGAUUCACAAAAGAAUUCACACAGGGGAGAAGCCGUAUUGCUGCCCUGAAUGUGGAAAACAAUUCUCUCGGCUUUGUUCUCUUCAGAUACACGUUAAAACUCACACAGGAGAGAAGCCAUAUUGCUGUUUGGAAUGUGGCAAACACUUUUCACAAAAAGGCCAUCUUCAGAGCCACCAAAGAAUUCACACAGAGGCAAAACCAUAUUGCUCUUCUGAAUGUGGUAAACACUUUUCAAAAAGACAUACUCUUCAGAUCCACCAAAGAAUUCACAAAGGGGAAAAGCCAUAUUGCUGCCCUGAAUGUGGAAAACAAUUCUCUUGCAGUAGUACUCUUCAGAUUCACAUUAAAACUCACACCGGACAGAAGCCAUGUUGCUGCUCUGAAUGUGGUUAAACGUUCUCACCGAGAUGUCAUCUUUAUAGCCAACAAAGAAUUCACACAGGGGAGAAGCCAUAACCGUUCUCAUACAGUAAUACUCUUCGGAGGCACAUUACAACUCACUCAGGAGGAAGCCAUACUGCUGUUUGGAACAUGGCAAACAGUUUUAAUAAAGAAAACACCUUUCACCUCACAAAAUAAUUCACACAGAAGAGAAGCCAUGUUCCUAUUCUGAUUAUGGCAUAGUUUUCAUUUGGAAACCAUCUUAAUUACCACAAAAGAUUUCACACAAGAGAGAAGUGUUUGGAUUAGAAAAUUUACCAAAGUAGCAUUCAUUAAUGGAAAGUUAAAGUCAACCUUGUUGAAGAUUAUCCAUUAAGAGAACUUGACCAAGAAGAUACUUAAGAAAUACUUGAUAUUGGCGCAGACAUAAACCAUAAAGACCAGAGACUGGAGAUCAGCAGUGAAUAUGCAAGGAUGGUAAAAAUUAUCCUUAGAGGUUCCUUGAGAAGGAACAAAAUACAAGUAGAUAAUCAGUUAGUAAAACAUGUCAUCUCAUCCAGCUUUGGGAAUAUAGUCUGGCCCCAGAAAGACCUCAACAGUCAGGAUGCAAAAACAAAGUUGCUUCAUAUCAACCAACUGACAAAACCAAUGCAUGCCAAAGCUUUACAUUACUAGGGCAGAAAGAGGAAUCCAACAAGUAGAAGUAAAUUACACAUGCAGAUCUGCAAUCAUAGGACUGUAAGCAUUCCUUCUCGGCUCGCGGGAUUUCCACUUUUGUAAAAUAUUAUAGCCUAAACUGUAAAGCCAAAAGCAACCUCCACCAUGUACCUUGGCUACACAAUCCACAAAUCUAAGGGAAUGCCUGAUAAUCAAACCAAAAACAAGAUAAGAAGGUACACCAGUAGAAGGAAAAAACCAACAACAACAACUGGAGAAACCACAAAAGCAAUGGGAAAUACACAGAUCUCUUGUGGACAGAUCUUAUGGACCCAAACCUGACACAUGAAUGGCUCAGGAGAGAAGCAAUGAGAUGCAUAGAUGAAUGAUUUUUUUAAUA